AUGUCCGUUCGAGCAUGUUCCGUCCUCUCCAGGAAGCCCUUCGUGGCCGAGUUGCAGGCCAUCUCCUUGAGGCAAGUGUCGGGUGUAACGGGAGUAACCGGGGCUCUUGGAGAUGGGCAGUCGGAUAUCAGGGGGGUUAUGGAGAACAAGGCCGGCGAGCAGGGACUCGACCUGCGCAUGCUGGCGGUGUUCGUUGCCACUCUGGAGCACCUGAUCCACGGGGACCAGCGGGAGCGCUUGAAGCAAGCCUGGCUCGUGCACGAGCUGCGGCCUGAGGGCUCGACCACAGGUGAAGGACUCCUCAGCGUGCUUGAGGUCUUCAUGGCCCAUUACGUGUAUGUGAGCCAGAAGGUGGACAGUGGAUACGCACUAACGCUGCCCAAGGCCCUGGAGGAAGUCAACACCAUCUCUCGCAUUUACGGAGGAUGGCCGCAGAUCCGUUCUUUCAUCCACGACCAGGUGGAGAAGGCACUGCUCAAGAAAAGCAGUCUGACCUUCGAUGAUGCAGCUGAAGCAGCCGAUGCCGUCCUGCUGCUGUUUCAGGAGGUGUCUGGUGCCAUGUGCCACGACAUGGAAAGGACCUUCCAGACCUUGCGAGGGGGCGACCGGGGACUCGUUCGGCUUUCCGAGCUGAGAACCGCUGACGGAGGAGACCUCUUCCGGGAAUCAGUGGAUUAUCUGCGCCAGCUUGGUGCACUGGACGAGACCGGACGAGAUGCCUAUGUUUUCAUGCCGAACUACAUGCUGGGCCCUUCUAACUGUGACGGCACCACGAGCUUCUACGACCUCUGCUGCCCCAACUCUUGUGAGGCUUACAAGGGAAAGCUGGAGCAAGCACUCAUGUCUGCAGCUGAUCACGUCGAUGCGGUCCUCCGCACCAUUGAAGAUCAUUCUGGCAGCAAGCUCCAAGAUGAACUUCUCACGAAGCUGAAAGCGAUGGCCAAGGAGCAAGGUGACCAAGUGCUCAUCCACGGCCACGCCUUCGCCGACUGGCUGCACCAGGCCUUCCCCCGCGAGUGCCCGCGGCCACGGGCCGCGGACUUCCAAGGCAGGGCUGGGGCGAUCCCCGACGCCAAGACCGAGUUUCAGGCUACCACCGCCUUGAAGGCCGACCUCUUCGAGUGGUAG